GACUCUUCUCUUUUUCUUUCGCGGGGCAUCUGAUUCUCCACGCUCCAACUCCAAGCCUCCACUGUCUCGGGGAAGCUAGGGUUUCUGUCCCGGUUUCCUGCGAAUCCAUGGCUGGCGGAAGUUCCUUCUACGCUUCUCCGGAAACAGAGAAGUUCCUCUGCGAGCGACUCCUCGAUCAAGACCAGCCGAUUUCCGAGCGUUUCAGAGCUCUAUUCUCACUUCGCAAUCUCCGAGGCUCUGGCCCUCGUGAGGCGCUCGUCCGCGCAACAAGGGAUUGUUCGAAUUUGCUUGCCCAUGAGGCAGCUUUUGCGCUGGGGCAAAUGCAAGACGCUGAUGCUAUUCCUGCCUUAGAAGGAGUUCUUGAAGAUCUUUCUUUGCAUCCCAUUGUUCGUCAUGAGGCAGCGGAAGCUCUUGGUGCCAUUGGAUUAAAGAGUAAUAUUCCUAUUUUAGAGAAGAGUUUAGUGUCAGAUCCUGCGCAGGAGGUGCGAGAAACAUGUGAAUUGGCUCUUAGACGAAUUAAGGAACARAAAGAUAUUGAUGAUAACAAUCAAAUAUCUUCAGUGUCUGCUUCACCGUUUCUGUCAGUUGAUCCAGCCAUGCCUGCUUGUUCUAGUUCUUCUGUAGAUCAGCUAAGGGAAGUUCUCUUGAAUGAAGAAAAGGGCAUGUAUGAGCGAUAUGGAGCUCUUUUUGCUCUUCGAAACGAUGGUGGUGAUGGAGCUAUCAGCGCUAUAAUUGAUUCUUUAGGUGCUAAAAGUGCUCUCCUGCGGCAUGAGGUUGCAUAUGUCUUGGGCCAACUGCAAGACAAAGCUGCUUCUGCUGCCCUUUCUGAAGUUCUUAGGAAUAUUAAUGAGCAUCCAAUGGUUAGACAUGAAGCCGCUGAAGCACUUGGCUCCAUUGCAGAUAGCCAAAGUGUGUCACUUCUUGAGGAAUUUGCGAAGGACCCUGAGCCCAUAGUCUCGCAGAGCUGUGAAGUUGCUCUCAGCAUGCUGGAGUUUGAGAGAUCAGGCAAGUCGUUUGAGUAUCUCUUCAUGCAGGCACCUCAAGUGCAGUAAUACAUUCAUGAUUCGUCAACCCACAAAAUAGAUAUUUUCAUUAAUUACUCAAGAUAUGGAUGUUGACCCAAGUGCUGCUGCUGCUGCUUCAUUACUGUUCCAAAUAUAACCAACUCAAAGAGGAUGUUGCUUUAUAAUAAAUUGACGAAUAUUCACAUCCAAGGUGAAAUGUAUACUGACGGACAUCAGGGAGAGUUUCUUAUGUGAUGUUGUCUAAAGAAAUUUGAUGUCAGAGAUGUCACUAGUUAAAGUUGCAGGUGUUCUAGUUGAAUUUUUUUAGUAAAAUGGUUUUGUUUCUGUCCAAUA